AUGUCACGCAAACAGGAGUAUAUCAGCAAUAGACAAAGAAUCACAGGCGAAGCUCAUAAAAACUUUAUUCAUCGCGCUGAUUUGGGUGAGGACUUUGAUGCCGAUAGCUUUUAUGAAACCCUUACAAAGAAUGUCACCAUUGCUAUCUCUAUUAGUGGUGGUGGUUACAGGUCAAUGUUCAAUGGCGCCGGAGCAUUAAUGGCGUUUGACUCUCGAACCCCUAACUCGACAAAUACUGGCCAUCUUGGCGGCAUUUUGCAGGCAGCAAUGUACCUUUCAGGAGUAUCCGGUGGAAGCUGGUUGGUAUCAUCUGUGGUUGCUCAUGAUUUCAAAUCAAUUUAUGUUUUAUGGAAUAAUCCGAGUUGCUGGAAGUUUGAUAGACCUUUACUUGAAGGUAUUCCGCACAUUGAUUUUUCUGCUGAACAGGAAGCAUUCAAUAAUAGAGGUGGUCCCAAAUUUGCAAAGAGAGAACUAAGUAUUGAACACAAUGAUCAUUAUGAAAACGCAUUGAUAAAACGAAAGAUUGCAGGGUUUAUCAAUGAUAAGCUCAAACGAUUUAUCAAAAGGUUGGAAAAAUUGAGUAAGGAUGGUAAUGAUGAAAACCAUACACAUCAAAGGGUGUUAGAAUAUAAACAGCAUGAAAAAAUUGAUUUGAUGAAUAACACUUUUUAUUACAGUAAAUUUGAUGCUAAAUGCUGCAAUGCGACACUGUCCAAUGUUACCAAAGCUUUCUCGCCAUCUAAUAAAGGAAUAAAGUCUUUCAAAAAUCAAACUUCAUUAAGGAAUAAAUAUUUUGGCAGUCGUGGACUUUUCAGCAAAGGAGAGGUGACUUGGGACACUAUAUCCAGCUUUUACCAGAAUCUACAUUCCCAAGUAACAAUUAAAAAACUAGCUGGAUUUGGUAUAACAUUUACUGAUUAUUUGGCCAUAGCAUUGACUAAAAGACUCUAUUUAUCUUCAUCGGGUCGGUUGCCUGAUGUUUCCUUAGAAAUACCUUUGACUUACUCAUCCACUAAAACAUUAGAAUCAUUCAAAUCCUAUGAAAUGCCAUUGCCUAUAAUUUUAAGUAACUCAAGAUGGCCUGAUGUUAUUGCAACCAAUCAGAACUCACAGAUUUUGGAAUUCACCCCCUUUGAAUUCGGAUCCUGGGAUUAUUACUUGAAUGCCUUUACUGAUAUUGAAUAUCUUGGAUCACCUGUGUUUAACGGAUCACCUGUGUUUUACAAUCAGCAAAAUCAACCACUUUGUGUCUCUGGCUUUGAUAAUAUUGGCUUCAUAACUGCGACAUCCUCUUCCCUCUUCAACAACGUUUUGAUUUAUAUAUGGCAAGCGGUCACCUCUGCAAAAAAGAAAACUUCUGUGGCUAUGAGCGUUAUUUUGUAUACUUUUGGUUUGGGUAAGAACUUUGAAAGAAUUUCCAAGAACCAUCCUGAUUAUGCUAUUUUGGCUCCUAAUCCAUUUUAUGGAUUCACUAGCUCUAAUUCUGAUGAAGAUUUUGUAAAAUCUCCUAAUCUUUUCAUGGUUGACGGUGGUGAAGACAAACAGAAUAUUCCCUUCUAUCCAUAUUUACAAGAAGCAAGAAACGUGGAUAUAAUUUUUGCAAUAGAUUCAACUUCGGACAUGAGAGGAUUUCCGAAUGGUACAUCUUUAAAAGCCACUUUUGAUAGAUAUGCCAAAAAUACCAACAUGCCAGCUUUUGCAUAUAAACACUCUCCAGAAUCAAAGUUAUAUUAUCAUAGUGUUUUCCCAAAUGUACCAUCAUCGACUGAAUUGGUUUCUAAAGGUUUAAACAAAAUGCCUAGCUUUAUGGGAUGUCACUUGCAAGAUUAUCCUGAGAGAAAAAAUCCGACCUUCCAAAGGGAUCUCCAUGAAAACCAUACCAGCAACUUAUGGCUCCCGCCAUUAAUUGUUUAUUUCCCAAACUCACCAUAUUCAUUCCAAUCAAAUAUUUCGACAUUCAAACUUUCAUAUAGCCCUGAAGAGGUCAGCGGUAUGCUAACAAAUGGAGUGAACAUUGUGACAUAUGGAAAUUCCUCGUAUAUUCCCUAUUAUGAUAAAUGCAUAGCUUGUGCUACAUUAAAAAGAGAAUUUGAUAGAGGAAGUCUAGGAAUGAACAGAAAAAUCAAUCCAUAUACAUUCAGUAUUCCAAAGGUGUGUCAAAAGUGCUUUAAAGAAUUUUGCUAUUCCUAG